AUGUCUUCCACGAAGGCAGAGCAGUCUCUCGUCGUCCUCGGAGCAGGUGUACUUGGGCUAACGAUUGCGUACCUCGCCGCCUUGGCAGACGAUGUCUCAUUUAAUAUUAGGGUGAUCGCUAGGGAACUUCCUGAAGACAUGGAUUCUCAAGCUUGGGCUAGUCCGUACGCUGGUGCUAAUUGGUCUCCCAUGGAACUUGGAGGCAGAGAUGAACGAGUGAGGAAGUGGGAGGAGAAAACUUUCAACAAGUUAUGGGACAUGAUCCCAACAGGGUUGGUUAAGCUAUUACCCACGAAGCUUUAUACCACGCGAGGGCGAGAUAUUUCAGACUUGUGGUGGAAAGACCUUGCGCGGAAUAUCAGGAUACUUUCCCCGUCUGAUGUCCCUGAGCCAUUCAAAGCUGGAGUCGCAUUCGACACAGUUUCAGUUAAUCCAGCCGAAUAUCUUCCGUGGCUCCAAUCAGAGCUGGUCUCCUACGGAGUUACCUUUGAACGCAGAAACGUGAGGAGUUUGGACGAGUUGAGGAGCCUGGUGGGGCCUAAUGGUAUUCUGGUGAAUGCGUCUGCACUUGGUUCCAGAUCCAUUAUCGGAGUGGAAGACACGAAGCUAUACCCCAUUCGCGGACAAACGAUCCUAGUACAUGCACCAGGUCUGCAGGAAUGCGUGUUGGUCGAGUCCCAACCCUGCGGUCCAAAAGCCGAGGAAGCUACAUACAUCAUUCCCCGUCCUGGAAAAGGUCAAUCUGACACCGCAAUCCUUGGUGGGACAUUCCAGUCCAGGAAUUGGGACACCUCUUUAGAUAUGCAGAUUGCGAGAGGAAUAUUCGAACGCUGCGCCGCAUUGGCUCCUUAUUUGAAGAGUGCCGAGUCGAGAAUCCUGAAACAUAACGUUGGCCUAAGGCCUGCAAGAGAAGGAGGACCACGAGUCGAGUUAGAGCGGAUCGCGAUGCCUUUGCAGAGCACGCAUGAUCUUAUUCCGUGGAAUGGGAGUCCCGCCAGUGGCCAUGACUGCGGACAGUCGAUGCUCGUUGUACAUGCCUAUGGUUUUGGACCGGCAGGUUUCCAGGGAUCUUGGGGUGCGGCAGAAGAAGUGCUGGAAUUGAUGAAGACCCAAGUUGCUUUGAAACGUGAUACUUAGAUUUCCGCUACCUCGAGGCUCGGUAGUGGGUCUUACAGUGUCAAAUUUCCGCGCCUCCUCUGAAAUUUGCUUCGCAAGUUUCCCCUAGCCACAUCUAUCGAAGGGAGAUAAACAUUCCUUUGUAUUAAGAUCAGGCAAAGUCAAAACAACAUUUAUUGUGCUGGGAAAAUA